UCAGUCAGAGACUCAAAGACUCAAAGAGACGAGGAGACGAGGAAGAAGAGGGACGGACGGAGACGAAGAGACAUGACGAGGACUCUGCUGCUGCUGCUGCUGGUCUGGACCAGUUCAGCUCUGAUCAGGGUCCCUCUGAGGCGGGGCCCCUCCAUCCGGUCCCAGCUGAGGGCCUCCGGUCAGCUGGAGGACUUCCUGAAGGAACACCGUCCCGACAUGUUCAACCGCCGCUACGCUCAGUGUUUCCCGCCGGGAACGCCGUCGCUGCGGCUCGGACGCUCCAGCGAGAAGAUCUACAACUUCAUGGACGCUCAGUUCUAUGGUCUGAUCUCUUUGGGUUCUCCUGAUCAGAACUUCUCUGUUGUGUUUGACACCGGAUCAUCUGACCUCUGGGUGCCGUCCACCUACUGCGUCAGCCAGGCCUGUGCGCUCCACAGGCGUUUCAGAGCGUUUGAGUCGUCGUCCUUCCACCACGACGGCAGGAUGUUUGGGAUCCACUACGGAUCAGGACACCUGCUGGGAGUCAUCGGCAGAGACUCUCUCAAGGUGGCGGGUCUGACCGUCCUGAACCAGGAGUUCGGGGAGUCCGUCUACGAGCCCGGCGCUGCGUUUGUGAUGGCCAAGUUCGACGGGGUUCUGGGGAUGGGCUACCCGUCGCUGGCAGAGAUCCUGGGGAACCCCGUUUUUGACAACAUGGUGGCGCAGAAGACGGUGCAGGAGUCGGUCUUCUCCUUCUACCUCAGCAGGGGAACAAGUAGCGGCACCCCAGAAGGCGAACUGUUGCUAGGCGGAACAGACGAGGCGAAGUACAGCGGACCAAUCAACUGGCUCCCUGUGACUGCUAAGGGCUACUGGCAGAUCAAGAUGGACAGUGUGGCGGUGCAGGGUGUGAGUUCGUUCUGUCCUCACGGUUGCCAGGCGAUCGUCGACACUGGAACUUCCCUCAUCGCCGGACCGACCAAUGAGAUCCUCAGCCUCCAGCAGCUGAUCGGAGCCUCGCCCACUAACAUCGGAGAGUUCCUGAUCGACUGUGUCAGGUUGUCCAGUUUGCCUCAUGUGACGUUCGUCCUCGGAGGGAAAGAGUACACUCUGACUGCUGAGCAAUACGUCCGCAAGGAGAUGCUUGGCGACAGGGAGUUGUGUUUCAGUGGUUUCCAGGCCGUGGACAUCGUUUCCCCUGAAGGGCCCCUGUGGAUUCUGGGAGAUGUAUUUCUUACAGAGUUCUACAGCAUCUUCGACCGAGGACAGGACCGGGUCGGCCUCGCCUCCGCUAAACACGCCGUCUCUAACUCUAAACCAUCAGUUACCAGCCGCUGACAACUGGGCCAUGAAUAAAUAAAUACUUU